AUGGAGUUGACUCAGAGGAAUACGAAUCACGUGGACAGUUAUAUGUGGUAUAGGUGAAUUUCGUUGUUAUACGCAAGAGGACUGAUUGCUAGGUGUGGAUGAAGGAUAAAUACUGACCGAUUGCCUGAACGAGCACCCCGAAGGCGCAAGCUUCUAGCAGGUUCCAGGGGAAUGCUCUCCUAGGAAAUUCUUUUGAUUUCAACUCUCUAAAGUCCCCUCUCCUAGGUUUCUGAGUUAUUCAAACAGGAUUUUCGCCAGUUCUAUUCACCUCAGAUGAAGCCUUGCAACUUGGAAAGAUUUUUCUUUGUUAAAAAUGUUUAUUAUGAAAAAGCUGACUGAUUUCUGUAAAACGGUGGAUCUGCGCCUCGAUUACGUUUCUCUCCUAGCAGUCAUUUCAAACUCUUCAAACUUACUAGGAUAGCAUGGCUUUUCUACUUCUGUACCCUUGUCAAUCUCUACAAAGGAGACAAGGAUUUUAUACAAGUUUAAGGGACCAUCAAGCUAGCCACGUGGCUACUACGCAUGGCGUGUUAAGUUGUCCAUUAUUCAAAGUCUUGCUAUGCAUGUACUGGUCCUCAUCACAGCAUGAAUGGUGGAAUAAUUUAGUUUUUUUAUGUUUUCUUUUUCUGUCCUUUUUUUUAGAUGCCCAGUCUGCCACAGAAAGAAAUCCCUCAGAAAUGGAAGCUUUUUUGGGGAGUUUCCCACACUAUCUAUGGGAAAAAUUCUCCUGUGUAUAUACCUGUGGAGUGUUCGUGAGCUGUGCACAACUGCCGCUAACAUGUAA